GCUGUCGGCUACAACGUGACCGGGAUGGGACAGGGUGACAGAGAGCCCUGGAGGCCACCGCCCCACGGCCACCACAGUCCCCUGAAUGUCACCGUCAAUGGCACCCCCUGCAUCCUCUUCUGGGCCAAGAGGAUCAUGAUCAGGCUGCAGAACCACACCCAGCUGGACCUGACCGACAAAACCUUCGGGGUCCACGCCACGGUGGACGUCGGGGACUCCAACUGCAGCGAGGACAGCGCCACGCUUUCACUGAAGUUUGGUGACAUUGGCAAUCUGAAGGGACUCGUUAUCAGGUUCCUGCUGACCACCAGCUCCUACCAGCUGUCCGUCCAGCACUGGUUCAGCCUGCACAGGCUGCAGCUGCUCUACAACCACUCGGCGCAGGCGACSUUCAACGCCACGGGCAUCCACGCUCCGGCCAGCUACUCCUUCCACUGCCAGCAUCCCAAAUUCCUACAAAAAGAGCACAUUAACCAAUCUCCAGUGGUUUGUUUAACCCAGAUUUCCAUUUUCUCCCUGCAGAUCCAAGGUUUUAAUGUCCAGCAGGGACAUUUCGCCCUGGCCAAGGACUGCGCGUCCCUGCUGUCCCCGGCCGUGCUGAUGGGGUUGGCAAUGUCCCUGGUCCUGCUCUUAGUCCUGGCUUAUGCCCUGCACAUGCUGCUGCACCUCAAAUCCCUCGACAGGCACUACCAGGGCAAAGCUGCCCCUUCCUACUUCUCACAGAUGAAGGACAGCGAGAUGGGGGACGAGAAGGAGCCGCUGAGGAGCAGCGGGAGCGAAUCCUACGAGCUCAGAAAUCAGAAUUUUGGGAAAAUCUACAUUUAG